UCCUGUGUCAUGGCGCUGCAGUGAGCUCUUUUGAGUUCAUUGCUGAGAGACCCCAGUUGUCUAGACCGCCCUUUCUAUUUUAAUUUGUUUUUGUCUUUUUCAACUGCCUUCUCUAAUUUGUCCUGGCUGCAGCGUGCACACGAAGGAUCCCGGGAGACCCUCAAGCCACGCAAUGGAAACCUUGUGCUGUGGUUUAUGUCUAAAAUACCGCCUACAUACAGUUUUGUUUGGAUCGUGGUUGGAUUAUAUCGACUUCACAGCUUUUGGUUUAGUCCUUUGAUAAGUGCACUGAAUGUGCUCUAAGAUGAUGAGACCUGGCUGGAAGGAUUUCUUUUGGGACACAUGGUGAGAAAGAGGCAAUGAGCUUGGAGGAUGUAACCGUGAACUUCACCAAGGAGGAGUGGGCUCUGCUGAAUCCAUCCCAGAAGAAGCUCUACAGAGAUGUGAUGUGGGAAACAUUUAAGAAUAUAAACGCUAUAGGAAGGACUUGGGACAGCCAGCAAAUGGAAAAAGGAUUCAGAAAUUAUUCAAGAAAGCUGAGAAAUGAAGAGGUAGCAAUGUGGUAUCAAUGUAAAACUUGCAAUCAACAUAAAAACGUAUACCUUUGGCCUUCAAAUGUUAAUGCAGACAAGACAAAAUCUGCUUUAAAUCCAGCCGAAAGUUUUGUUUGUGGAGAGCCCCUGAUUGUGCAUUUAUCACUGAAUAUGCCCAUCUUACCUCACCCUGGAGGAAAGCCACGUGAGUAUUUGGGAUUUGAUGACAAACUGAGUAAAUAUAAUGAACAUAGAAAACCCUGCAGUGAUUUCCAGUGCUUUCAGAAGCAUGCAAGGACAAAGAAUGGAGAGAAACCCUAUCAACAUGAGCAGUGCAUGAAAUCCUACUCUGAAUUUAGUGAAAGAGCUCACUCUGAAGAGAAGAUAGUUGUUGAUCAGGAAAAUGAGAAAGCCUCCAGCACCCGCACUGGUCCUCAGAUCACUGAAAGAAUUCACUCUGGGAAGAGACCAUAUGAAUGCAAGCAAUAUGAAAAAACCUGCCACACUCAAAAUUGUGAAGUUCUUGAAAGAAUUCACAUGGAAAACAAACCUUAUGUGUGCAAGCAAUGUGGGAAGACAUUCACUACCCACAAAUCUUGUCAAGUACAUGAAAGAAAUCACAUGGGAAUGAAACCUUAUGUGUGCAAGCAAUGUGGAAAAGCAUUUACCACAAAGAGUUAUUCCAAAAUACAUGAAAGAAUUCACACAGGACUGAAACCUUACUUGUGCAAGCACUGUGGAAAGGCAUUCAGUACACAUAAUAAUUGUCAAAAACACAAAAGACUUCACAGUGGGGUGAAACCCUAUGUGUGCAAACAAUGUGGGAAAGCAUUCACUACUCAGAAUGAUUGUCAAGUACAUGGAAGAACUCACACUGGGGAAAAACCUUAUGGUUGCAAGCAAUGUGGGAAAGCAUUCACUACACACCACUCUUGUCAAAGACAUGAACGCAGUCACACUGGAGUGAAACCUUAUGUGUGCAACCAGUGUGGAAAAGCAUUCACUACAAAGACUUAUUCCAAAAUACAUGAAAACAUUCACACUGGCCAGAAACUGUAUGUGUGCAAGCAAUGUGGAAAGACGUUCACUACACAGAGUCAUUGUCAAAGACAUGAAAGAAACCACACUGGGGAAAAACCUCAUGGUUGUAAACAAUGUGGGAAGGCAUUCAGUACAUUCAAUGAUUGUCAAAGACAUGAAAGAACUCACACUGGAGAGAAACCUUAUGUGUGCAGACAGUGUGGGAAGGCAUUCACUACACCCAGUAAAAGGCAAAGACAUGAAAGAACUCAUACUGGGGAGAAACCUUAUGUUUGCAAACUGUGUGGGAAGGCAUUCACGACAAACCAAUAUUGUCAAGUGCAUGAAAGAACUCACACUGCUGAGAAACAUUAUAUAUGCAGGAAAUGUGGAAAAGCAUUCACUACACACAAUGAUUGUCAAAGACAUAAAAGCACUCACACUGUGGAAAAACCUUUUAUGUGCCAGCAAUGUGGAAAAGCAUUCCAUACAAAGUCUUACUGUAAAAUACAUGAAAGAAUUCACAAUGGGGAGAAACCUUAUAUGUGCAAGCAUUGUGGAAAAGCAUUCACUAUUAGGAAUGGAUACAGAAGACAUCAAAGAAUUCACACAGGGGAAAAGCCUUAUGUAUGCACGCAAUGUGGGAAAGCAUUCACUCAACGGAGUAGUUGUAAAAGACAUGAAAGUACUCACACGGGGGAGAAACCUUAUGUGUGCAAGCAAUGUGGGAAGACAUUCACUACACAUCAGUCUUGUCAAAAACAUGAAAGAACUCAUACCGGGGAGAAACCUUACGUGUGCAAGCAAUGCGGGAAGGCAUUCACUCAAAGGAGUAGCUGUAAAAGACAUGAAAGUAGUCACACUGGGGUGAAACCUUAUCUGUGCAAACUAUGUGGAAAGACAUUUACUACACACCAAUCUUGUCAAAUACAUGAAAGAACUCACACAGACAAAAGACCAUAUGCAUAUGAGCCAUUGGGCAAAAGAUUUGCUAGUAAUUCCUCAUUUUGUAUACAUAGAACUCACCCUGAGGAGGAGCCCUAUGUAAAUCAACAAUGUGGAGAAAGAAUUCAGUGAACACAUUUUUUAUCAACUACGUGAAAGAAUUCACUGGAGAGUGACCCUAUAUAUGUAAGCCUAUUUGGAAAAAAGGGUGAAAAUUCCUCCUGUAAUGGAGACUUGUACACAUUGAAAUGUAAAAUUUGAUGUCAGUAUUUCUUCAUGGACUUUUAAGAAAAUACACUCCCAUUCUUCUAGAAUGUGUUUUGUGUUUUUUAGAAAAGUCACUUAAAAACUGAACUUCGUAGUCUUUCCUAGAAACAAUAUUGACAUAACAUAUUUUUGAGACUGAUGAUAUAGCUAAUAUGGUGAGGUAUAGUCUGAUAAAAAAUAAAUUUUAAUACUUUUUAACUGGGAUUUCCUACUAGCCUUAAUUUAAAUGUCUUGUGUAUGAUUCAUAUUCUAUAUACAAAAAGAUAGCUUUAGUUUGGUGAUAUAUUUGUAAAUGUAUACAUAUUUAGAGACAUGUAUUUUUAAAAGUUCAUAUUUUGGGGGCUGGGGAUUUAGCUCAGCAGCAUAAGCGCCUGCCUUGCAAGCAUGUGGUUGUGAGUUCAAUCUCUGGUACUGGUAAAAAUACAAAAAAAAAAGUUCAUAUUUUUCCACACAGCUUGUGGAUCACCAAAUGUAUUUUUUAUGUCCUAACUAGAUACCUGUUUAUAUCCCAACAUAAUUAUAUAAGACACAUCAGUUCACCUAUUUUGUUUCCUGUUGGUAUCAGUAUCAUGAUUUACAGAAAAUGUUUUCUUACAAUCAACAUUUUAUAUUUCAUGCUUAUAUUGUUAUAACUUGAAUUUGGUGAUUAUUUUACCACAAUUUAUACAGCAGAUGAUACUGCUAUGUGUUUCUGCUUGAAACACAUCAGAUGAACUAUACCCUGUGUAAUAAAGUUAUCUUGAACUGUAAUAGUUUAUCAGUUAUCACUUACUAGAGAAGCAGUUUUAAUGUGAGAUAUUCCAUUAUAUAAGAAUGUCUUGCAGUGUCAGUACACACGCUCAGAUGUGGAUAUAAACAGUCUGUCUGUGCACUGGAUAUCCAAACAAUCCAGUUCCAGUCCUGGAACCCACAAUUGUGCUCCCUUGAAUCUGUGUCAGAAACUGAAGUGUCUGUGCCAUAAGACUAAAUGGUCUGUCCUAUAGGCUGAAAAGCCAGUGCUGGAAGCCAGGAGAUGGCUUCCAGUGUGAGAGUGAACACCGGAAUUCCUCCACAAAUGCACAUGGGAAGCCUUUCUUUGUUUUUUUUUUUUUUUUUAUGACAUUCUGUCAACAAAUCUUAGGUCUUCCCCGUCCAUAAUUUGCUGGGCAAAUUUAGUUGGCCGUAUAGUACUCAACUUGAAACAAACCGUGAACUGACACUGUUAUGGGAGAACUGACACUGAUACGAGAAAACAUUUCAAAUCAUUGGUCAUUUGAGAAAUGUGGAAUGAAAACAACACUGAGAUCCCAUUUGAUUCCAGAAAGAAUGGCUGUCAUCAAGAAAUAAACCAAUAUGAAAUGCUGGAGGGGCUGUGGGGAUAAAAAAGGAACCCUUCUGUACUGUUUUGGGAGUAUUGAUUAGUGUAACCACUGUGGAAAUUUGUAUGAUUUUCUUCUAAAAAGUAGAAUUAGAGGUCCCUGUCAACUCACCUAUUCCCCAUCUGUGUGUCUUCCUGGAAAAAUUAAAAACAUCAUACCAUAGUCAUAUAUGUGCACAUAUGUUUAUCACAGCAUAAUUUGUAAUAGCCAGAUCUUUUUUUUUUAAUCACUACCAGGGAUUGAACUCAAGACUGCCUGCUUGCAAGUCAGGUGCUUAUGCCGUUGAGCUAAAUCCCCAGCCCCAAUAGCCAGAUCUUGAAAACAACUCAAUUGCCCAUCAACCAAAGAAUGGAUAAAUUAUGGUGUUUUCAUGCUAUGAAGUACUUUCUACUUAGCCAUAAUCAAGGAUAAACUUGAGACUUUAUAGCUAAGUGGAUUCAAGUUGAGAUUAUACCCAUAAAUGAAAUAAAUGUGACUCAAUGUUUAAACAUCAUAUUAACUCACUGAGGUGAGAAAUUGAAACUGUAAAUAAGGGCCAAAAUUUACAAUAGAUAUUGUGAAGUGGGAAGUUGUUCCAUAGAAAAGAGGAAGUAAGAUGUGGGAAUGGGGAAAGGAAGGGUAAAAGGAAAAAAAAAUACAAGACAGUUACACUACUAGUUUUUCUUCUUGUAAAAGACUUCUACUAUUGUCAUUUAGGGAGUAUUUUAUGCCCAUGUCUUAUACUCUGAGUAUGUGCUUUGAAAUAUCAAUGUGCAGUGCAUCGUUAUUCUCCUUUUAUUUGUGAAUGAAGUUGUUUAAUUUUUCCCAUAAAAUGAUAAAAAAAUAUUUAAAAAGGAAACAGCACUGACAUCCUCAAUGACUUAUGAGCGUAAAAAAGCUCCUUAGUAGUUAUUUACCUUUGAAUAUUUACUUCAUAGGACCUCAAAAUUAAAGGUGGUGCACCUUACUUUUACAUCUUGACUAUUUGUUGACUUUCCCUUCAUGACAUCUCCUAUUGUGUUAUUUUUCUUUUUCUAAAAUCUCAAUGCAGCACUUUGUUCAAUAUUGUAUCUUUGAAGAACUUAAGUUUGAAGUAUGUAUAUAAUAUUCAGACAUUUUCAGUGCUUAUAAAACAGAACUGAUACCUAUUCCAAAUAUAGUUAAGUUAUAAAAUAUUGCAAAUUUAGGUCUUCCUUGAAAUCUGAAUUACAAAUAUUUUCUGGGUUAUAACAGAGAAAAAGUAAAAAUUACAGAAAAAUGUUAACUUUAGAAAUCUGUUAUUUUUUUCCAUGCUGAAAACAUUACCAGAAAUCAUUCCUAAUAAGCAUGUACUUUACCAGUGAGAUAUUUUUCUAGACCUCUCUAUGUUUUAGAUGCAAAAUAGUUAUUAUAUUAGCACUCCAGGUCUCUUUCUGAUCACCUGUGAUCCAAUCACACAGGAGAGAGAGACAAGAGGGUCAGUAUAAAUUCAAACCCAGUCUGGGCUACAGAAUGUGUUCAAUGACAUACUUACCUGCAUAUCAAGGCCCUGUUUCUAAAACACAGGAAUAGUUUUUCCAUCAGUCAUAAAAAGUUCACUGGGCAUGAUGGCACAGGCCUAUACUCCCAGCAUUUGGGAGGCUGAGGCAGGAGAUCGUUGCAGGUUCAAGACCAGCCUGAACUGUGUAGUGAAACCCUGCCUCAAAAAAAUAAAAAGUUUCUAAAUCUAUGUAAUUUAGUGUCAAAUGUUAGUGGUUUUAUUUUUUGUCUUCCAUUUAAAUGUUUUUUGUUUUUCUUUGUGUUUUUUUGUUUUUGAGACAGGCUCUUGCUGUGCAGUGCAGGGUACCCUUGAAAAUGCUCGGUCCAGGUGGGAUUGAAACUCACAUCGAUCUUGGCUCUAGAGUGCUGGGAUUGCAGGCAGGAGUCACUGCACCUGGCUGUCACUCAAUCUUGUGAUGAAGGUUUGGUCCUCAGCAUGCUGCACUACUUGAAGACACAGGAAAUUUUAUGGUGCGCAAUCAGUGGAAAGCAUAUGUCAUUAGCUGUGUAUCCUCUUAGGGGACAACAGAGAACAGUCCUAAACUAAUAGGGCUGUAGAAACUGGACACAAAGCUCUGACAUGCUGUCCAUGUUUUUAAUAAAUUCAUCUCAGACAUUCAUCACAGCAAUGUGUAGCCAACAGAAAUGUUUUCUAUAUGCAUAUUAAUCCUUUCUCUCGGAAAUGUCUUUCAAAUUAUUUUUUCCUCUUCAGAUUGAUUUAUCAAUAUUUUGUUCUUCAUUUAAAUCCAAAUUUUACUUGAUACUGUCCUUCAAAUUUUACAGUAUUUUUAUCCUAUAAUUCUAUACAUAUUUAUUUUGCAUUUCUCAAUAGGCAUAUUAAAAGAUCACUGGUUUUUUUAAGGUUAAUGACAUUCUGUUUUGCCAAAUUUCUUCAUCAAUUAUAUGAUUUUUUGGUGGAAUCAUUUUCUGCAUCAGCGAAUAUAUCAUCUGGAGACCAGGAAAAUUUAAUUUGUUCUUUUUUUUUUAAUUCAUUUUCACUGCAUGAUUCAGGCUGGCUUUAACUGUGUAGCUCAGCGCAGCAAUCCCUCUGCCUCAGUCUCACAAGGCUGAGAUAUUUGCCACUCUGUCUGACUUUGACUUGUUCUCAAUUUGUGUAUUUUUUUCUUUUUCUUUAUAUCUGCCUAGGAUUUUGAAGACUUAAGUUUAAUACAGGACAUGACAGUGGAAAUGUUUAUAUUUUUUAUCUCAAAAUUUAAACAUUUUGUAUUCAUCAGGAUGUUAUUUGUGUACUUGUCAUAUAUCACUAUCUCAGUCUCUACUUAUCUGUGUGUUCAUUCUUUAUUUCAGGAUAUACUAGUCUUUAUCAAAUUUCUUUAGAUUUUUAAAACUCCAGUUUUUAAUUCUUUAAGAAUGCCUUUUCUAGGAGCUCUAACGGAUAUAACAGCAAGUGUGUUUGGGGGUGUUAAAUAGCUGACUUUAUCAAUGUUUUUGGAACAUUGAACACAGCUGUUUGCAGUCUCCCUGUUUGAAUGUCCACCUUGUGUUCUUUGAUACUGUGAUUUGAGGAACUAUUUUCAAGAAAAUAGUGUGUAAUCUACUAGCAGGUAAUUUCUUACUGUUAUGGUUUUUUGUUUUGUUUUGUUUUGUUUUGUUUUGUAGUUCUGUAUUGCGUGUACCCUUACGCCGCUUUGGUUUGUUUUGUGUUUUUCUCUUUUUCCUCUUAAAUUAAAAAAAAAAAAAAAAAAAGAAUGCCUUUUCUGUCUGCAUGGGGAUCUGGAGGAGACUACUCAGCAGGAGGUGCAUGCCCUCCUGUGAACCCACAGAUGCGCAGCCUGGAAAACCAGAAGAGCAUCUCCCACCCUGUAAGCAGCUGGCUGAUCCUGAGGACUGGGUGAAAUGAACACAGCUGAUAUUAAAAGGACAGCUCGAUUCUUAUGUUGUUUGGUUGACUUUGCAGGCCUGGGGCUGGUGGUCUGGGCGUUGUCUAGUUAGAGGAUGUUAAUGUACCUUGUGACACUGGGGGGAAUUUCCCUCCGCUUUGUUUUUGAAAUCCAAUGUUUUGUUUCAUUUUACUAUUUUGUUGUUCUUUCUGGUAACCUAAGCAAAUAUUGUGAAGAUAACAAUAUGCAGUGUAACAACCAUUGCUAAAUUACUGUCAUCUUAUUUUGAAAACCUAUAUAGCUACUGUUUAUUUGUUGUUGUUCCUGUCAUUUUGCUUUUGUUGGUUUUAAAGUUUGUUUGCAUCUUGAUUUUUCUGUUUUUUCUUUCUUUUAUUUAAAAUUAAAAAAUGUACAGUAGUUAUUGUGAAUUGGGAAGAAACUUAAAAAGAAAAGACAAAUUGAUAGAGGAAAGAAAGAAUAGGUAAAAGGAAAAAUAUAUAUUAUAUACAAAAUAAUUAAGGUAGUUAUAUAGCUAGCUUCUGUUUAUUCCUUGAAAAGAAUAUUUUGUGCUAAUAUUGUUUAGACAUUAUGCUAAUAUCCUGUACUCUGCAUAACUAUAAGGUACCAAUACACAAUGUAUCAAGUGUUAUAACUGUCUUACUACCUAGUUUUGAAACUGGUUUUCAUUGUUAUUUGUUUUUCUGUUUAAAAUAAAAUUUAAAAGAUUGUGUUUUCAAAGUCUAUUGA